AUGACGUGGCUUUCCACCCUUCUCGUGUCAGCUCUCGCUGGCUCGUCUGUCGUCUCCGCACUUCCCAGCUACAGUCCCUUCUCCAAGCGCACGGGAGAAGAGCUCGAUGCCUAUUCCAUGCAUUCCAAGCGCACUGGAGAGGAACUCGAUGCGUACUCGAUGCACUCACGCCGCGGUCUCGCCUCUGUCUUCGCCCGAGAGAACUGGGACAAGUGCCCUGCCCCCAAGACGCUCGUCGGCAAGGCUCCCAAGGAGAACAUCUGGGGCGGUUUGACCAACGAGGAAGUGACCGCUGUUCUCGGCUACGUCCAUGACCCCGCCUCCGGUUUGAACCUCACUUCGUAUGACAAGAAAGGGCUUUGGGACAAUUACGUCUACCUCGUCGAGCAGGUUAUGCCCAACAAGACCGAGGCUGUUGCUUACAUUGAUGGCGACGGUCCUCCCCCCGAUCGGUAUGCUCGUGUCGCCAUCUCUUUUGGUGCGACUGAGACCCCUUACUACGAGGAUUGGAUUGUUGGACCUCUCCCCGUCUCCGAGAAGACGAAGGUCGAGCCUUUGACAUACUACUACAACAAGGGCACGUCCAAGCAGUUCAACUACCGCCACGACAACUCAGUUCGCAGCAAGUGGAAGGCUCAGCUUUGCGAAGAGAUUCAGGACAUUACCCUCGACUUGUUGGGAACAUACAUCAACACCACCAGCGCCACGUCCAGCUUGCAAUCCAUCGACCCCCUUUGGGAGGAAGAUGGCAGGAUUAUUGAAUGGGCCCAGUUCCGACUUGCCCCCAAGGAUGUCGGUGUCCACUCUGUUGAAACGCUCGUUCCUCAGGGUCUUUACCUCAAGCUCGACAUCACUGGUCGUGACCCCGCUGGCUGGAAGUUACUUGGCAUCUACUACGGUGGUAUCUUCUACGAGAGCGCCGCCGCCUUCCGCGCUGCUUGGGAGAAGCCCGACUUUGUCAGGACCGAGAAGACCUUUGUUACCCAGUCGAUGAUGACCAACCGCACUGGCGAGAUCCUCCCUUACGACUACGAAGCUCCCCCCGCCCAAUUCCAGACACACAAGCGGUGGACCGUCGACAAGGAGAAGAAGUACGUCAAGUGGAUGGACUUUGAAUUCUACAUCGGUUUCAACAAGGAUGUCGCUGUCACCCUCUACGACAUCAAGUACAAGGGCGAGCGUAUCUUCUACGAACUUGGUCUUGAGGAAGCUCUCGCUCAUUAUGCUGGCUCCGACCCCAAGUCCGCUCACACCGCCUUCUUGGAUUCAUACUACGGUUUCGGUCCCUAUGUCUAUGAACUUGUCAAGGGCUACGACUGCCCCUGGAACGCCGACUAUCUCGACACCAGUCUUCACAUGAACGGCAACACCACCACCAACUUUGACAGCAUCUGUCUCUUCGAGUCCGACGCUGGCUUCCCUAUCCAAAGGCACACCACCGGCAAGAUGGCUACCGUCACCAAGAACAUCGUCUUCAACCUCCGCUUUGUUUCCACCAUCGGCAACUACGACUACGCCUUCACUUACAGUUUCCUUCUUGAUGGCAGCAUUGAAGUCACCGUCCGUGCUUCCGGUUACAUCCAGUCCACUUACUACUACGGCAAUGAAGACUAUGGCUACAAGAUUCAGAAGCACCUUUCUGGCUCCAUGCACGACCACGUCCUCACCUUCAAAGCUGAUCUCGAUAUCAAGGGCACCAAGAACUCGUUCGAGACCACAUCCUUCGUCCCUACCGUCGAGAGUUACCCCUGGUCCAACGGUGAACGCAGCACCAUGAAGGUUGAACGCUCCAUCCUCAAGAGCGAAGACGAUGCGAAGAUCAACUGGGCUCCCAAUGGUGCUAACAUGUACGCAAUCAUCAACAAGGACGCUCCCAACGUCUGGGGUGAAUAUCCGGGCUACCGUAUCAUGCCUGGCCACGGUACUCCCAUCCACUCCACCGUCCAGAAGUCUUCUAUCGUGAAGGAUUCGAUGCAUUUCGCUACCCACCACAUGUAUGUUACCAAGCAGAAGGACACUGAGAGGCACUUGACGCACAGCACCAACAACAUGGACAGCGGCAAGCCUCUCGUCGACUUCAGCAAGUUCUUUGAUGGCGAGAACCUCGAGCAAGAAGAUAUCGUCCUCUGGUUCAACCUCGGCAUGCACCACUUGCCCCACACCGGUGACCUCCCCAUCACCCUCAUGUCCACUGCCCAAUCCUCGGUCGUCUUCAGCCCCCACAACUACCUCCUCAGCGAUCCUACCCGCCAGACCCUCCAGCAAAUCGAGAUCGACCUCACUGGCGAGAAGCCUGUUGUGGACAACUACGGCAAGAAGACUGAUGUUUGCUACACUCCUCUCAUCGUCGAGGAUGAUUACACCCAGUAUGAGGGUGGCGCUACCGUCAGCAAGAUGCCUCACCAUAUUCCUUGCGGCAACUGCUAG